AUGACAAUCGCGACCCUCGCUCCCCAAACCGCCGGGGUCGUAUCCGAGUCCAGGGCGUUCAAUGGUGAUGCAAUUGAGAGCAUUAGAGACGGGCACAGACGGGCGUGCGGCGACCCGAGCGCUGAUGACAAACAACAACACAGACCUCGACCGGGAGACUACAUGCUUUGUAGACUUCAUGGGCACAUGAAAACACUGAACUCGGAAUGGAUUACGGGAUACAACAGCAUCAUUGUCAACAGCCGAACGAUGAUCAUAUCCAUAUCCCAGAGAGCCCAUUCCCUCGGGUCGACAAAGUACUUCAUCUUCAUCGAACCCCCUGGAAUCAAACGGGGGUUGUCAAUGGACACAGACCAGGCGAUCUGGACGAUAGAUAUGCGACAAAUACCCAUGUCGGUGUCUGCCAUGACGAGCAAGACGACACCAUACGACUCGAGACUUGCUGUCCUCUCGACAGUUCCGACUCAGGGCACGUUCACUUUCCACCCCCUGGAACCACCUCUGUUGGUUGUGCCCACACCCCCACCAAGCGACACUCCGCUCCCAUUCUGUUUUGUCAGUUCCCCCUGCCUCCUGUCCCCGACCCCUUCCCAAGUCAAAGUCCAUGCUCGCGCCAACCAAGUCCACGAGCAAAUAUUCACACGGACACAACAAGAACCGCACCGACACUUUCGAUCAGAUCGAGCUCGGAUAAGCCAAUUGCUAGCCGACUUCUCGGACCACUUUCUCGUGAAUCGUCCACCAGGAGGAGUCCGACGAGAUCAUACUGUCGAGAACAACCGAGUUUCUCUUACUGGGCUGAUUGAUUGCGACUCGACAACGCGUCCCGCGAAACACCCAGCCGAACGAGACGACGGCGGCGAGCAGGGCCGGAUAGCUACAGCCACCGGGCCGUUUUUCUUUCCCACCAUUGUAACACCUCGCGGACACGGAGCGAAUUCUCGGAAACUUCGUUACCCUCGGACUGCCACACUCAUUGGGAUCAAGUCGACCCGCAAGCCCGAGUGGCUGCUCUCGGACGGGCAUCACCGACAUCAUUAA